AGCAGAUUUUAUUAUCAAUCACCCGACGGUCUAAAUGCAAGAACGCAAUCUACAGUUUUAAGGCAUUGCCAAAAUGAUGGUACCUAUUAUUCUUCUCCUUUGCUUCCUGAUCUCUUCUAAUGCAGUCCCUAUGCAUUUUUCACAUAUGUCAAGUAACAGUGAAGAGGGAAUGCCUUACGGACCCUAUGGCUAUCAGAACCCACAGAUGCCCAGUAUUGGCUCUAUGUAUGGAUUGGGCUUUCCACACUACUCACAGAUGAUCCAGCUACAGCAAGCCUUAGGUAGACAACCUUCCUCAUGGCUACCACAGAACAUAGCGAGGACCCAGCAGAUACAUAAAGAGACCAUUCCAUUGAAUCUGCCAAGAUUCCAUCUGCAGCCAGUCCAGUCACAGCUUCCACAGCUGCCAGCCCCACCUGUACAGCAACCACAACUCAAUCCUCCACAAUCAAAAUCUAAUUAUGUCACAAAACAACCACAUCAACCUCUUCAGCUACCCCCUGCACCUGACCAACAAGCUCAGGCACCCAUGAUGUUUCCUCCAUUUUCCAAUAUAAUGAACCCAUAUCAACCCUACUGGCAACAGCCUUUUAUGCACGGAUUUGGGAGGCCACCAAACAGCAAUGAAGGCAAUGGUAAUUACUUUGGCUUUUUUGGAAUGGGAGGCAGAGCACCUUAUAAUUCUGAAGAAAUAAAUGAAGAUGAGGAACCUGCAAAGGCUGAAAAAGAGUCUCCCAAAACUGAAAGUCCAGUAGCAGAGACAAGCAAUACAACAAUAGCUGAUAAUAAUUCAACAACAAUUUCCCAAAGCCAAGGAAACGCCACAACUAACAAUGAAAGUAUGGCUGGAGAUAUUAUACAGAGUUCCACCAUUCCCUUAAAUGCGCAAAAUGGACACAUAGAAGGACCUCCAGUGAUAGCUGUUGUCCAUAAUAAACAUAAAAACACUUUACAUGGGGCAUCCAGACAAGCACACUAUGUUGUCAGAGCACCUAAUCCAGACACUAUAUUAAGUAACCACCAGCCCCAUCAAAAAUAUCAUAUAGUUGACAAGAUUUUAGUUGGACGGGGAGGCUUCCCAUCUCAAAAUACCAUCUAUCACCAAGAACAAAUUACAGGCAAAGUACCAUUGACAAACAUCCACACCGAAAAAUCAAGUUACAUUAGGCAUGUUCCUCAGACAAAUUCAGAUAAAAUACCACUUAGAACAGUGGCUACGAAAGAUGGUGAUAGUUUUGUAAGAGAAGCUAGGGGAAUGCAUUUUGAUCCUACCAUGAACACAAUAGGAAAUGAUGCAAUACAACAAAUUUACAGAAACAAUGUGCCAGAAAAUGCUUCUCCAAAAGUUGAUAAUGAACAUCUAUCGUUCUUAGUUAAUAAAAAUAAAACUCCUAACCGCAAAAUUAUUCUAGUCCAGCAUCAAGGUAGGGAGCAUUUUCCUGGGCAUAUUAUGGAAUCAGUAAUUGAAAGUGAAUAUGCUCCCAGGGGAAUAUUCUCAAGCCAUAGAAACACACCAUCUUAUACUCAAAUUAAUAAAGAAGACAAAAAACUGAGUGUCCCCAACAAUGGUGACAAUAGUGGGAACAUAAACACUGCCCAUAUAAAGAGUGAAGACCUUUUUAUAGGAGGUGAAUUUUUUCAACACAAUGGUGAGAAUGCUGCUCUUUAUCAAAAGGAAGGCACAGCUUCUGAUAUUGGCACAGCUUAUGAUAUUGGCACAGCUACUACUGGUCAGCAGCUGGAAUCUAUUUAUUUGGUAAAACACUUCCCAACUAACCACUUCCAAGUGUAUGGUGAUAAUAACCCAAAGAAUCCAAGUCAUCUUUUGAGCAAUACAUGGCAAAAGAAACCUGAUCAGCUGGAAAGUCCAAGGAAUAACUUGCUAGGCCAGAAAGAAAUCUAUCUUUAUCCUGAUACAGAAUUGUAUCAUCAGACUAACAACGAACUGCCAUUAGGAAAACAGCACUGGGACAAUGAAAUAGACUUUUCAGCUGUUCAGUUUGAAAAUCCAGGUUCUUCUACGUACUAUAUAAAGGGUUCCCAAAGGCAAAAACAGUGGCCUACAGCUAGCAAUAACAGGGUGGAACUGGACAGACAGCCCAUAGAUCAACCAAAUUAUUUGUUAAUAUCAAAACUGGAUCCGGCCAAAAACACAGACGUAUCAACCUUUACAACCAAUGAACCCAUGGCUCAGAAUGGCUAUAUUACUAAUCAGGAAGCUUACUUGCAAAGCCCAAACAAUAAGUCACCUUUUAUUUUUAAUAAACCAUCAACAGAUGGUAUUCUAUAUAUUCCAAUAGAUGAGCUACAUGAUUCCCAAAAUAAUCCAGUUCAUCUUAAACUAACUCCUUAUUCCAAAGCACAUUCUGAGAACCAUAGUCCAGGGGUGUUUCGCUCACUUCAAGAAGUAAAUCCCAACAUCUAUCCUUCCAGCUUGAGACGUCAAUCUUUGAAUCCUAGGAAGACGGGACAUUAUUCAUGUACUAUUCCACUUACAGGGGUCGAUCCAACAUUAGAACAUAAUAAUGCAUUAAUAUUAGUUUGCUGCAAGCUUAAUGAUAUGGGCCAAUCACAUCCUUCAGCAAAUGAAGAUAAUGUUCAUCAUUUAAAAGUAGUUUUAAAUGAGUACAUGGAAUCUGUACCACAUCAAGAUCAAACUCACAGGCAACAUACAAGAGAUGUUAUAGAGUCACCAAAAUUUAGCAUCCAAAACAAUGUAAUGACAGUGAGACCUAACAGUUCUAAUAACCAUGACAAUAUUCAGAGUUCUAGAGGGAAAUCUUCAGAUUCAGUCCCAUGCACAUCAAAGCCUUCUUAUGAGCAAAAUUCUGAAUAUCCUUAUGCAUUUCCAAAAAAACAAUGCUCUUAUAGAGGUGAUGCAGACAGUUAUCUGCCCCCCAGCCAAGAUGAAUCAAUCUCCCUUAAAAAAAGAUUUUUAGCAUCUGAAAAUGUUUACAUGCCUUUAGCAAAUACCCCGGGGUCUGAUUUACCUGAUAGAAGAAUAAAGGAUGAAGGGAAAGUUAAAAAAGGAAUAGGGAAACUACUAGAAAUACUUACAUGCCCACAAGACCAAGAAAUACAUACAAAUAAAAAGGCAAUAAAUAUUGCUAAAACCAGGCCUACUGCAUCUUUGUUAAACCAUGACAAACUCAGUGCAGAUGCAGUACCAGUACUGAAUACAGAGCAGAGUGAUGCAGAAAAGCCUAUCAAUGCAAUUGGUAACUUGCCUGACUGUCUAAUACUUAAGAAAUAGUCUUCCCAGUAAAUACCUUUUGCAUUUUAUGAAAUCCUAAUUUGGAUUUGAUACAGCCUUAUUAGCACCAUUUGUUCGAGGUAGCUAUCAAUACAGACAAACAAUAAAACUUUAAGGACAUUUCCAA